AAAAGUCUUCGUGACAUGCUGCUGCGUCGACUCACCAGCAAGAGCUUCACUGUUAAAUAUGAAGCAGUUCAACGGCUUUUAUGGCUGCUCAUGGUGCUUGGAAAAAGGAACUGCUGUGGAACGUAAGUUGAAUGUUUGUCUUGUGAUACCAGUACUCAGACGUUGCAGUUGUGUCCCAGAACAAUGUUUUGCUACUGUUAUAUUUAUUUACAAAGCCUCACAGCUCUGCACAGUGUCCUUCAGUGCUGCAAAUAAUAGUUAAAUUGAACAGUCCAGAUUUGAUAGAGGGAAGAAUUAGUGCGUAAUGUAUGUUUCAUUGCCCAAAGUACAUCUAUUAUGUACCAUAAAUCAAGAAAAACGCUUCAUAUUGGCCACCCUCAUAACAGUUGUGCCCCUGAUCAACUUGAGGCGCUUAAUGUUUUUCUAUUUUCUCUCCGAGAUUCCUAUACUCGAGCGCCGAGACUCGCGGAUAACCGUUCGUGGGCGUGCCCUCGGGAUCUGUCGCGCAGAAGCAAAAGCGAUGCAGGCGAAGCGCAUGUCGUUGACAAUGGUACAGACCAGAUGCAACGACGUGAGCUAGCUAGCCGACACGCAGAAACGUACACUCGAACAGCAUGCAGGAUAAUGGUGUCCCCAGACGAACCUCCAGAGCCCACCCAGCACGCAGAACAACACACCCCAGGCAGGCGAUGCCAGGUUGUGCACAUUGGUACGGAUCGACUGCGUGCAGCGAUGCGCGUGCACUCGGCGCGAGCUCGCAUGGAGACAGAUGACCAGGUGGCUCAGCUCGAGGCGACGCGCGCGCUAUUAUCCUACGCGGCCUAACGCGGCACAGCCCAGCCGGUGCCGACACUUCCCCCCGUCCUCUUGUAGACCGGCGCUUGCUUUAAGCGCGCGCACGUGACAUUUGAAGGCGCGGGAAUUUUGAAAUAAAGGAAUGCGCAGAACACGACGGGGCCGCACAUGCAGCCACUCGAUGCGUCCAUAUGGAGAACUUCGUUUUAGGUUCAACUGGGCAACUAAAGCAUUGCACGUCGGGCGCUUGCAGGGUAGCCUUCGGGAAAAAUCGAGAUAAGGGACGCCGCGAUAGUUCCCGUGGCUUAUAUCACAUAUGGUGAGCAGAUGCGCGCUAGGUAAAAGUUGUCAACGCCUCCUUUAGUGGUCCAGGUUCCGGGGGUUCCUCCUCAUCCUUUCGUGCGCGCUCUUCCACCUUAAAAGUAAAAGACCGCUGAAAUAAAGGUCGCUUGAACCCCAGUCAACGAUCGAGGUGUGCGUAUGGUCUUACUCUGCUUUUUCUCGUUUAUCUCUCGUUCCUAGCGAUUUAUAAUACAUUUUGUUGUGUUAAAAAGCCCACUCGGCUCUCUUCGAUCUGUCAGCGGUGCAAGUGCUACUGAGGAUUGUUUGUGAGCAACUUCCACGCAAUUAAGAUGAGUUCUCCGCGAGCGAAGCGGUACAGACGCUACCUAGAGCCUGAGCGAUCGCGCUAUGUUCCUCGACAAACACGUCACAAUCAACGCGUGAGGCAGGGCGAUGCGCCGCACGCUGACGGCGUCAGCGAAAGCUCGUCGGCCAGCGACGAACGCCGGCCGGACUCGCCAACCUGCUCGGAUCAAUCUACGGUGGCUGAUGUCGAUCAACUGGGCGAAGAUUUUUCAGAUUGCGAAGAAGCUGACGACAUCCCGCAAGAACGCGUUGACUUACGAACAGAAGCUGCUGCUUGCGAAGGAGAGGCUGGAAAUGAGGGUGAAUACGUGGAAUGCGGCAACCGCGACGAAGAACAGGCUGACGAUUUCGAGGAUCAACGAGCUGACAAUAGCGGCGAUGGAGAAACUGAGGGCCCCGGAGAACAAGCUAAUGACCGCGACGAAGAGGAAGGUGACGACUGCGAAUUUAGUGGCGACUUUCUCGAGGAACAAGCUAAUGACCGCGACGGAGAGGAAGUUGAUGACUGGGAAUUUAGUGGCGACUUUCUCGAAGCUGAUGACCGCGACGUAGAGGAAGAUAACUACGAGUUUAGUGACGACGUUCUCGACGAACAAGCUGAUGACCGCGACGAAGAGGAAGGUGACGACUGCGAUUUUAGAGGCGACUUUCUCGAAGAACAAGCUGAUGACUGCGACGAAGAGGAAGAUGAUUGCGAAUUUAGUGGUGACUUUUCGGAUGAUAACGACGACUCGACAAAUGAUGACGUAGACGACGAUGAUGUGAGGCAGUUCUUCGAGAAGUGUGAGAAAGAAACCUUGCCUAAUCAGGCCAUUAACAAAGCCCAGGCAAUGUUGCUUAUUAUGGCCUAUGUUUUAUACGCUGGAUUGACAUGGUCACAAGUGGAUGGACUGCUGAAGCUUGUUAAUACCCUCUGUGGGACCGAAGUGGUGCCUGAAACAAAGUACCUCUUUAGGAAAAUGUGGCAAAACAGAAUGAAGUCGCUUGGUGUGCACUUCUUCUGCCAGCGUUGUUAUGGCUACCUUGGAUCCCAAAAUCUCAAGGACAGAUCAAGCAAUUUAACUUGUAGCCAGUGUAGAGUGACGCGAACUGUAAGCUGGCUGCUCUUGAAAGGCAGCUUCUUUUUGGUCUUUGACUUGAAGAAACAACUGCUCAGUGUGCUCUCGCAAGCCUCAACAGAACUGUUUCAACGAUUAAAAUCAGGAGCAUCUACAGUAUAUGGGAUGUAUUCUGAUAUUACUGAUGGGCGCCUGUACCGCAGCAUCAGGGAACGUGUGAAUGCACAGUGGUGUGACAUCACCGUGACUAUCAACACUGACGGAUCACCAGUGUUUAAGUCCAGCAAGACAGUGUGUGGCCCAUUCAAAUUUUGGUCAACGAACUGCCAUUUAACAUUCGCUUCUGCAACAUUGUUGUUGGAGCACUGUGGUUUGCGAAGUGCCACCCUCCAGCGCACCUGUUCAUGCAGACUUUUGUGAAAGUGUUCAACAACAUGAACACGAUUUCUUGGCAACAUGCUGGAGAAAGAAUUAAUUCAAAAGUCUUCGUGACGUGCUGCUGCGUUGACUCACCAGCAAGAGCUUCACUGUUAAAUAUGAAGCAGUUCAACGGCUUUUAUGGCUGCUCA